GAACUCAACAUAUUGUAUGAAAGUAUCCAUCUCACUGACAGUAGGAGAAAAUGACACUGGACUCUGCUACAAUUCCAAGAUGAAGUACUUUGAAAAAGCUGAACUUAGCAAAAGCAAGGAAAUUUCAUGCCGAGACAUAGAGGACUUUUUAUUACCAACCAGGGAACCUGAAAUCCUUUGGUACAAGGAAUGUAGAACAAAAACAUGGAGACCAAGUAUCGUGUUCAAAAGAGAUACUUUACUCAUAAGAGAAGUCAAAGAAGAUGACAUUGGAAACUAUACCUGUGAAUUAAAAUAUGGCGGCUUUGUUGUGAGAAGAACCACCGAGUUAACUGUUACAGCUCCUCUGACUGAUAAGCCACCCAGGCUUUUGUAUCCUGUGGAAAGCAAACUAACAAUACAGGAGACUCAACUAGGUGACUCAGCCAACCUCACCUGCAGAGCUUUCUUCGGAUACAGUGGAGAUGUCAGUCCUUUGAUUUACUGGAUGAAAGGAGAGAAGUUUAUUGAAGAUCUGGAUGAAAAUAGAGUUUGGGAAAGUGACAUUAGAAUUCUUAAGGAACAUCUUGGAGAACAGGAAGUUUCUAUCUCAUUAAUUGUUGACUCUGUGGAAGAAGGUGACCUGGGGAAUUAUUCCUGUUAUGUUGAAAAUGGAAAUGGACGUCGGCAUGCCAGUGUUCUCCUUCAUAAACGAGAGUUAAUGUACACCGUUGAACUUGCUGGAGGACUUGGUGCUAUUCUCUUGCUGCUUGUUUGUUUGGUGACCAUCUAUAAAUGUUACAAGAUAGAAAUCAUGCUGUUCUACAGGAAUCAUUUUGGAGCUGAGGAACUGGAUGGAGACAACAAAGAUUAUGAUGCUUACCUAUCAUAUACCAAAGUGGAUCCUGACCAGUGGAAUCAAGAGACUGGGGAAGAAGAACGUUUUGCCCUUGAAAUCCUCCCUGAUAUGCUUGAAAAGCAUUAUGGGUAUAAGUUGUUUAUACCAGAUAGAGAUUUGAUCCCAACUGGAACAUACAUUGAAGAUGUGGCAAGAUGUGUAGAUCAAAGUAAGAGGCUGAUCAUUGUCAUGACCCCAAAUUAUGUAGUUCGGAGGGGCUGGAGCAUCUUUGAGUUGGAAACAAGACUUCGAAACAUGCUCGUGACUGGAGAAAUCAAAGUGAUACUGAUCGAAUGCAGCGAACUCCGAGGAAUUAUGAACUACCAGGAGGUGGAAGCCCUCAAACACACCAUCAAGCUCCUGACGGUUAUUAAAUGGCAUGGACCAAAAUGCAACAAGUUGAACUCGAAGUUCUGGAAACGUUUACAGUACGAAAUGCCUUUUAAGAGGAUAGAACCCAUUACACAUGAGCAGGCUUUAGAUGUCAGUGAGCAGGGGCCUUUCGGGGAGCUGCAGACUGUCUCGGCCAUUUCAAUGGUGGCGGCCACCUCCACAGCUCUAGCCACUGCCCAUCCAGAUCUCCGUUCUACCUUUCACAACACCUACCAUUCACAAAUGCGUCAGAAACACUACUACCGAAGCUAUGAGUAUGACGUACCUCCUACAGGCACCCUGCCACUUACCUCCAUAGGAAAUCAACAUACCUACUGUAACAUCCCUAUGACACUCAUCAAUGGGCAGCGGCCACAGACAAAGUCGAGCAGGGAGCCGAAUCCAGAUGAGGCCCACACAAACAGUGCCAUCCUGCCGUUGUUGCCAAGGGAGACCAGUAUAUCCAGUGUGAUUUGGUGA